AUGACUCCGUUUUCAAAGUCACUACUCCUCACAUUCGCCGUUUUUGGGCAUCUCAUGUCGUGCAUUUAUGCCUCACCGCUCAUUGGCACACUCACCUAUGACCAGGAUGACGACACGGAAGUCCUCGAAAUCGACUUAAAUACCAUUGAUGAGCUAAUGAGUGAAGACAAACAUAAGAAGGAUAUCAUCGAUUUGAGUUUUUAUGGUAAUGCACUCUUUGGUACCCCAGAUAGCGCAGCCACAGCCGACUUGGUGGCUAACUAUACGCCUGAUGCAUCAUCUGUGAACCCCGAGGAGUUGGGCUCCUACCUGGAGGGCGACAUACUUGUGCCCACUAGUGGUGCGCUUACCAAAAAUGGCAUUACUACACAAAGCUCGCGUUGGCCCGAUGCGGUGGUGCCCUUCGAAAUUCGUGGUAACUUCAAUGCACGCGAUAUGGCCACCAUCGAGAAUGCCAUAGAGAAAUAUCACGAACGCACUUGCAUUCGAUUCGUGCCACGUACCAGUGAACACGAUUAUAUUUCGAUUGUGAGCGGCAAUUCGGGCUGUUGGUCAUCGGUGGGACGUGUAGGCGGCAAACAGGAGGUGAAUCUACAAUCACCUGGUUGCCUCUCUAAACCGGGCACAGCGAUGCAUGAACUCAUGCACGCGUUGGGAUUUUUACACGAGCAGAACCGACAGGAGCGCGAUUCUUAUGUGAAUAUACAAAUGCAAAAUAUACAGCCUUCGGCGGUGAAUAAUUUCGAGAAAGCCCAGAGUACCAUCGCAUUUGGUGUGCCCUACGAUUACGGUAGCGUAAUGCAUUAUUCGGCGAACGCGUUCUCACGCAACGGACGUCCAACCAUUGUAUCUGUGCAACCUGGUGGCAGUCAGCUAAUGGGCCAACGUGACGGCUUCUCGGCAUUCGAUAUCGAAAAGUUAAACAAGAUGUACAAUUGCGAUAUGGCUGCAAUGGGCGGCGGCAGUUUUGGCGGCAGUGGCAGUUAUCCAGGUGUCGUUGCGCCUGCCCCAAUGCCGGGUGCAGUACCAGUGCCGGAACCAGCGCCUAUCCGUCCUUCAGGUGGUGGCGCUAAUUUAAUCGGCAGUUUUCUUGGCGGCCUCAUCAGCGGCUUGGGUCUAGGAGAGGAGAACAACGAUGUUGGUAACACAACGGAAACAACAAAUGUGGUCUAG